AUGUUGCUCGGAGCAAAGAGCAACUUGCUCCUAUUUUUCAUUUUCUCAAUUUCAACCGCUGAUCUAUACAGUAAGUUCAGGUUAUUUUUAAAAUCUAACAUAUAACAUUCAGUUUGUAACGGUACAAAUACAAUCAGCGCUCCAGCAAACUUGAACCCAACAAUUUUUUAUCCAAGUUCAUGGAAUGAAUCGCAAAUUGUUCCGAGAUAUCAAAUCAAUCAAGAAUGUCGAUGGAACAUCGAAGUUCCACAAGGAUAUUUUGCAUCUUUAUCGCUAUUCUCAGAAACACAGAGUAAUUCAAGUUUACAAUUGAUAUAUUCAAAUGGAAUGAUCGAUAAUGUACAAAUUGGAACGGCUGAAGAUGAUCCGUACUAUUUUUUGGCCCCAAAAUUUAGCAUUGUUCUUGAGGCGAAUUCAUUGGGAAAAUUGGCAUUCAGUAUUCGGUAUAAUGAAAGUAUGUGCAGAAAAAUCGAACCUGAAAAUUUCAGCAUUUUUCAGUGCCCACAUUCAACCCGGACAAUCAUUUGCUCACCUUAACAAAUCCCGAAAUAAUCUUUGAUUUGACAGCUUGUGUUAUCACAGCACCAACAUCACAAGUAUCAUUGAUCGCAUCAAGUGCAGAUACCAACUUGUUCUAUUCGUAUAUCAGAUUAUUUGUUGUUUUCGAUGGUUCAAGUCCGAAUGCCACAAAUCUUGGAAAUCUUUAUCAAGUUCUAACAUCUGGAAAACAACUAGUAUCAUCUUCCAAAACAUUGACUGUUAUGAAUUUGAAGCCAAAAGUCUAUUCUUCGACAACUCUUGGAAACUAUAUUCUAGUUCAAGAUUAUUCCAGUGGGUUUUUUCUUGAAAUAUGUAUAAGAAAGGGGUUGAAAAAAAUCUAAAAAAAAAUAAAAAUAAAAAGCUCGCGGUGGGACUCGAACCCACCAAAACUAGCGCACACACUGGGUGCUAGUCGAACACCUACCCGACUGCGCUAGAGAUGCAGGCAGAGAAACGAGGGCGCAUUGUCGGGAUAAGGAAGCUAAAUAUUUUCAGAUGUCAAACAAUUCGCAAGAUACAGAUUGGCGAAUUGUUUAGGAGCUGAUUGUUAUUUCAAUGUUGAUGCCACAAAUGGAACAUCAGCAAUUGUAUCAGUUUCGAAAUCAAUAUCAUACUUGAAAUCUCUGAAUAUUUCACAAACAUCAAACUUAGAUGUGUAUUAUGGAUCAAUCAAAAGUUCGAAUCUUGUAAAUUCCUAUAAUUCAAAAUCAUUCGGAUUUCCUCAAGAAUUGAAUAAUUAUAUAACCACUUUUGUUCUCGAUUCAAAAACUGCACUUCUCGAGGUCACUUAUGGUAACUCGGUGACAACUUGGGAUUGGAAUAAAGCCAACAAUAAUCGAACUGGAUACAUUACUUCUCCAAAUUUCGGAAUUUCUUCUGUUAAUCAAACUGUAAUUGAAACAAUCAGUGGAGAUGAUUUUUAUAAUUACACAACAAAAGUUAUCAAUCAUGGGCUUGUUGGAAAUGCGACUCUUCAAAUCUCAACUUUUGAUAAAUCGGGAAAUAUUUUGGAAGAUCAUCAUCAUAACAAGACGAAUCCUCCAUCAACAAAUCAAUCAUUUGUUCAUCCAGGAAAAACAAUGAGUAUUGUUUAUAAAACAAAUGGGGAAAUGACAAAUGGUUUUCUUAUGGAUUUUUCGAUUGUUAAGAUUAGUGAAAAUGCAACUGGAAUUCUUAUGUUAUGGAUAAGUUUCGUUGUUUCACUUUUGUUUUUGUAA